AUGGAAGAAGGAUUGGAAAUUCAACAAAUAUCAUGGAAUUCUUGUGAUACAGUAUUAGUCAAUUCACAUGAAGAAGAAAUAAAUAAGGAUAAAAGCUUAGUUGAAAUAGACAAAGGAGUGAACUUAUCUGACAUAAUUUCAUUAAUAGAUCCUUACAGAACAAGCUGCAAUACAGAAGUAUUCGAUAAUCUUCUAGUGUGCGGAGAAGUACAAUACGAUCGUACUAUUAAUGAUUUGAAUUCAAAUAAAAAUAUCACCGUUUCUACAAAAUCUAAAAAUAAGGAGGUUCCAACCAUCACCAUCUCACCACCUAGCCAAGAAUAUAGAAAUAUUACUUAUUUUGAACCUCGAUCAGAGGAUAAAUUAUACCUAAGAGUACCAUCAAAACCCUUUAAAGGAGACUAUUACGGUGCUAAGUUUUGGAUAAAAUGUAAUAAUAUGAUUUAUAAUAGUCAUUUGUUGUGUCAAUCAAAGGAUUUAGUUACGCCAAACGAAAAUAUUAUUCAAUUAUUGCAGGAAGAAGAAUUGAAAGUUUGCAAUAUCAAGCGUGUCCACUACACGAGAGGCGUCAAUAGCCCAUUCACCGAACUAUAUUCAAAAUUCUGCUACAAACAUAACAAGAAGUUUAAUAAGAACUUGCCUUAUAGGACUGAGUUUUUAAGGUAUUCACAAGAUCAGAGGGGUGAAAUUAAUUUAUAUUCAAAAUGCGGUCUCUGUCCUUAUUGUCCAUGUAUAGUGUUUAAGAAUAUGGAAACCAUUGAAUAUUAUGAUCAUUUAUCUCUAAUUCAUGGAAUCACCAAAGACAAUCUGCUAAUUCCUAAUCCACGAUUCUUCGGGCUUUAUAAAUUCAUCAAAGAUGGUACCGUUUACCACCAUCAAGGAGUUACAUGCACACUUUGUGGCGAUGUUCUUAAAAUAAAUAAGUCUAAAUUAUUAUACAAUUACAUGAAACAUUACAGGGAUGUACAUACCUGA